CAAAACUCUACAGUAUUCUAUUCGCGUGAAUCUCGUAUACAGACAAAGUGAACUCAUAAUGCGUGAUAACCAAAUUUCAGACUUAAUACAACUCGCAGUAAAAAAUGAAAAUUUCAUUGACUACAAAUUAGACAUUCAUGGAAAAUCAGGACCCGGUGAUGGAUACAUGGGCAAAAUCACCUUUGUUACUGUUACUGGCAAAACUAAAACACAAGAAACAAAAACGUUGAACUUGGCCAUCAAAUCUUCCACAGAAAACCAAAUCUUUAGAAAUCAGGUACCCAUCAAACUGCUUUUUGAACAAGAAAUUUACAUUUAUGACAAGGUCAUACCAACUUUUAAAAAAUUUCAACAAGAAAUGGGAUUUCGAAGCCCAGUUUUAGAAUCCUUACCUACAUGUUAUACUACGCAGCGGGGUGAAAACGAAGUUUUAGUAUUGGAAAAUUUAAAAAACAGAGGUUUUGACCUUUGGGAUCGGACAGUUCCGAUGGAUAUGGGUCACAUUAAAACACUUUUAAAAGCUUAUGCAGAAUGGCAUGCAUUUUCGUUAGCUUUGAGGUGGAAAAAUCCUGAAAAUUGUCAAGAACUUGUGAAAAACUACGUCAAUAUGUGGUCUUACCAUAUCCACCAAGUCGAAAUUGAACCUGUGUUUUUUCAAUACCAUGAAGAAGUGAGAAAGUUUUGGGAAAAGGACGAAAAGGAUAUAGCCUCACUUAAGUUUUCAAAAGAUACUAUCAACUAUAUUCUCCAUAAAUUAAUUGCUGAGGAUCCAGAAUACCACGUUAUAUCACACUGUGAUGGGUGGACAAAUAAUUUCAUGUUCAGACUGGAGCAAAAAUCACAGAAACCAGUAGAAGCUUCUAUAAUCGACUGGCAGCUUUCUGGUUUAUCGUCACCAGUGUUGGACUUAUCUUACUUCAUUUACACCUGUGUUGACACUCAAGAGCAUGCAGAUGUAAAAGAAUUGUUAAAAAUUUAUUACGCUUCACUUAGUAGCUCUUUAUAUCAACUUAAAUGUGAUCCUUCCGAAGUUCUGUCUUUUAACACGUUAGUUCAGCAGUGGAAAAAGUUCUCGUGCUAUGGACUGCUUUUUGGAACUUUUAUCCUACGAUUUUCUCUGUGUGAAAGUGGUGAUGCUCCCGAUUUUGUGGAAGGCAUUCCAAAGGGAAAAAAUUUGUUGAAAAUUUUGAUUUCAACAUUUCGAAUCGAGAAGUGUAUUAUAAGCGCGUUAGAGAUAAUAUGUUACAUUAUGUAAAAAAUUUAAACGCAUAAAAAUAUUACAGAUGCAGUAAAAAUUGUUUUAGUGGCA